AUGAAACUAGAUGGCGUGCAGUCUCUCCCGCUGGAGUUCAACUCGUACACCGAGACAGUGAUUUCGAUGCUGCGGGACAGGAGCUCCGGCCUGACGGACGCCAAGUUGCUAAAUAAAGCACCUCCAGAACAUGUGCAUCGUGCCAAGCACGCGGCAGCGGCGCAGGGGUACAAGGACAUCGCUGUCCCUGGCUUCUUCAAGUGGCUCCAGGAAAACUUGGACAAAGAGGAUUUGCAGCCGUGGCUCACGUUCGAGGUCAUGGGGAAGACGUCCAUGAAGGGAGUCAGGCCACGACGGGCUGCUGCAGCAGCAAGAGGAACCAACAUGCCGCUGUAG